AUGGUGGCUGUCACUUCAAAUGUGACGGCACAUGAACUAGCGGUCACCGCUAACCACUGGGAAGUUGCAACAAAGGAGACCAACGGAGCAGCAAGGGAUGAGAGAACUACCGUUGGAGGUCUGGUCCAGGCAGGUAAAUCUAGGGUCAAUGAUCUUAUCACAUCCGCAAAGCUGCAGAAAUACAAGUUCCUGGUGAGAAACUUGCCGCUCGGUGACGACUUUCUAGCUUCAUUAAAGAGCUCGAAGUUCAAGAAACUGAAUAAGUUUGUUGCAAAAUUCAAUCGCGAUAAGGAUCUAAAGAGCCAAAUCUCGUUGGUUACACCACUAACGGCGAAGUACGGAGACGACGUCGUGGCAAAGACACUCAUAGAAUUGGAGAAAAGAGAGUUUAUGACCCCCGAGCUGGCGAAGUUGGUGAAGCAAUUACGGGGUGAACAACUGACAGAUUGGCUGAGGAAUGGCAAUUCUAUUGACGAUGUGUUCAGUCUGCUCAAGUUGAGCGACGACGGAUACGAAGCCUUUCGCAACGGGAAACUCCAGGUGUUAGAGGACUUCAUUACGCUGCACAACCGCGAGAAAUCUGUUGAUGAAGCGUUGCUGAAGGCCAUGAUAACAGGCUUCGAUGGCGAGAGCAACUUGGUGUCGCUUCUAGCAAAAGCAGAGGCAAAUCCGUUAACGAAGGCCAAGGCCACGGAGCUCGAGACUGCUCUUCUUACUAAGUGGCGCAACGAUAACAUGCCGCCGCUAAGCGUCUGGUCGCGGUUAAAAUUUACUGAUGAUCUGGACGAAGUUCUGAGUAGUGGAAAACUAAACAUGUUCUUUAAGUAUAUGUCCGAGAAUUACCCAAACAGUGAGAGAUCUGUGCUGGAGAGACUCACCGCAAAAUACGGAGAAGGUUCUGUGGCACAGGCACUCGCUACUGCCAAGGAAAGCGAGAUCACGCGUGAAGUCGCGACGAAGCUGCAGAAUCAGCAAAUAGAGGUUUGGCUGCUGAGCCAAAAAUCAACUGGCGAUGUCUUCAAGUUGUUGAACGUCAAAAGCGAUGAUGUCUUUACCCAGGGUACGAAGUUGGGCACUUUAUCCGAGUACAUUAGUGUAUUGAACAUAAAACGUCGCCAUGGCGAGAAGACAAGUUUGUUCGCGGUGGUACGAGAAGGCUUUGGUGGCGAUGGAGACCUUGCACGAGUGGUCUUUAGGGUAUUGCAGGAGCCAAACUCGUUUUCAGUUCUGAAUACUGCCUACGCAUACCGAAAGAUGCUAUUUAAGCGAUGGAUGAAGGAAGCCAAACUCGACCCGAACAAUGCUUUCGAAUGGCUUUUCAAUGUCAAGGAGACUGCUGCUGGCCCUUUGGAAACGAGGAUAGUAGCCCGAUACACGACGUACUACAACAAUAAGCAGGGAAUCGGUCCGCUUUACACUUUCAAGGAUCCCAGACGAUUUUAG